AUGUCUCACUCAAGCACUCUGAUUGUUCUUGAUUUCAGCUACUGUCAAACUAUAAACUAUUUUGAGGUGUCAUCAAAGGAGCCACCUUCGUAUCUUCCCGAUGAGGAGAAGGAGUUCCGACGAGAAUGUGGCGGUGCGACAAAACCGGGCCAGUUGACCGGUGAAAUCGUUUCGCCUGGAUAUCCAGUAACAUUUCCACGAAACGCCACAUGUUAUUGGUUGAUUCGGGUGGAGCCGCGACAACGUGUGUACAUACGGUUGGCACAUCUACAUCUCUCUGCAACAAUUGGUGAGUCCUGGCACGUAUUUCGCAACUGA